GCACGAAGAAAACCUGCACUCUACCCCACAUCACGAAAUCAUCUGAAUAGGAGCAAUACAUCGCAGAGCGGACAUGACAAACCCAAGUACGCCCAGUCCGAUCCCAUUCCUGCUCCUUGGAUUGGUCACAGGCGGUGCACUUCUCUACGUCUCUUACUGGGUGUGGCCGCCAGCCCAGCGGCGAAACCCUGGCCCUUCCAGGGGCAGCAGAAGAAAUGGACGUCGACAAUCAUCUUCCAACCGUAAUACAGGAACAUCUUCAGGUUCAGGUCCGGGCCUACGCAGGAGUAACGCCACGCGUCGAUCCAACACUCACAGGCAGCAGCAACAGACAAAUACAUCGAGACGAGACGAUGGCCGACACUAUCACAGUGAUGGAUCCACUUCGGACGACGAGCCUUCUCGUGGAAGAGGGCACGGGAAUGACUCUGAUGAUGGCGAUACAACCGACCAUGAAUAUGCAGCCCUAGUGGACGAGGAUGGCUACGAGCGGCUGAGGAUGGACGACUUUGGCGACAGCAAGAAUGAUGGCCUUCAGCUUAUGAACCUGCUCUAUGCCAUUGCUGAGGAUCAGGCAGGGAAAGAAGGCCAUAUUCAUCGAGGUAUCACUUGCAAUAGCUGUCGUACGGUUCCGAUCCGGGGCCUCCGCUACAAAUGCGCCAACUGCCAGGACUAUGAUCUUUGCGAGGGGUGCGAGGCUGCGGAGGUUCAUAUCAAGUCCCAUGUCUUUAUGAAGAUCAGGAUACCGAUCCCACCGCUCAACAACAGCCGCACAAAGAAACUGCCGCCAUUCUACCCAGGUAUCCCACAAGGAAACACUGCCACACCAGAGCAUCUGCUUCAAGAACUCUUACAAAAGACACAUUUUGACAAUGUGGAAUUGGACGCCAUGUACAGCCAAUAUCUCUCACUAUCAACGCUGGAUCAGGAAGGUGGAGGAAUCACUCGGCUGACCUUCGAGCAGGCGCUUGGACCUCUCGGGCUCGAAAAGAAUCUGAUUACGGAGCGCAUCUUCCGGUUUUUCGACCAAGACGACGACGGCAUUAUCAAUUUUAAGGAGAUGGCCUGCGGACUCAGCGUCCUCUGUAAAGGGAACUUCGACGAGAAGAUCGACUUCGCAUUUCAAGGAUACGAUUUGGAUGGCGAUGGUUACAUCUCAAAGGAGGAGCUUCAUGAAAUGUUCAAAGCGUAUUUCUAUUUAUCUAUGGAGCUCAUCAGAGAUGUGGUCAAGACCAUGGAAAACGACCUCAUCGGCAAUUUUGAAUAUCAGCCCGGAAUGCCAAUCUCCUCGACGUUCACAGCCCCCAUCCCUCGCGAGAUCGGUGUCAGAAACAACAGUGGUAACAAUAAUACUACCACCACGAACGAUAAUACCGGUACCAACAACACUAAUGGUAAUAAUAAUCGAUCUGCAGAGGAACGAGUGCGGGACCGAGAGCUGGCCUCUCUGCCGGCAGAGUGGCCGCUAUCGACGACUCCAAGUGACGAGAACAGCUCAGCAACCACAUCAACAUCUCCGUCUAUCGAGGGCUCUUCAAUAGAGACACGCGCCGGAAAUGGGUCUAUUGCAGCUGAAAGUGCUAUUAGGAUGUCUGAGCGGGACCUUGAGGCGUCAAUCAGCGAGAGACUUCCCCCAGGGUCCUACGGAUUGAUAGGCCCGGAUGCAUUUAUUGAUGACACUGAAGAUGCGGAUGACGAGGAGGCUGGUACCUCGGCUGCAACAGAUGGCGAUACCGAGAAAAGCCAUGGUAAUGGGUCGGAGGCUCUGCUCUCGCCUGUGCAAACAAUGGAAGAUAUGGCAAGUGAGGCCAGUGAGGCAGAGGACUCUGAAAUCGAGAAUAAUGGAUGGCACGCUAAUGCGUCGGCUCUCUCGGAUCAGUGCCCGGGCGAGCAGAACACAUCACCAACCGCUAACCUUCCAGCGUACAGCCAUCGAAUCAGCAGCACUUCAUCGAGGCCGUCGCGGAUUAUAGAAACACAAGAGAACUCUUCUGGAGAGGAAAAUUCCAGCACGCCGCGAAAAGAUCAGCCCUUGCCUGCGAUAACUUCCUCAAAUCACCUGGUGGCACCCUCAAUCUCCAGCACCAAUCUCGCCUGGGAUCGCCCUCACCAUCGCACUGGUCCCUCAGUAUCCUAUCUCAAUUCUUCGCCCGUAACGCCGUCGCUGGCACCAGCAUUAGCUAUCGGGUUCGGGAUACCGCAGGGGGUGACGGCAUCGUCUUCAUCGGCCACAGUACCACAGCACCGAGAUGGGAGUGCCGCGAGCAUGAGUACAGAUGUCAAUGGCCGUCGCUCCUCCAUAGGAACAUCCUACCAGCCCCUCACAUCGUCGUCAUCGGUGCCAACAGGGUCGUAUGCCAAUGCGUCGUAUUUUUCGAGCACGUUCCCGGUAAUGGAGUCCAUCUCGCAGGAUGCCAUCCAGGAAAUGGUGGAUAAGACUUUUAGCGCGAUCAAACACCCGUCCAAGCCAGGAUUCAUCACACUGGAGGAGUUCAGAGCAUAUGUACUGACAGACGCAGGUAUCUUGGGUUGGUUUGAUGCUCUGGGAAGCAUUUUCUAGAACUGUACCAAAAAUAAACUCAAUUUGGAAGACGCGAUACGCGAAAAUGGCACAGCAGACAAGGAAACAGUCCAUCACACCUGCGCUCCUCGAACAGAGAAGUGGAUCCUGUUUC